GAAGCAGGCUGACGUCAGCAGCUGUGUGCCGGAAGUGUGCGCAUGUGUUUCAUUUAUUUCUGUUUUUGUCUUUAAUGUCGGACUGAAGUCUUCCUCUCCUUGGUGUUGUUAGCACUGUGGCUAACUUUUCCUCACACACACACACACACCUGACCAGCUGACCCCCGCCGUCCUUCCUCCUGUCCCGGGACCUAUGUUGAGCCACCUGUCCGCUGCCUGCAGACUGUUCCCCCGCCGCCUGCUGCUGUCCGCCUCGCCCCGGACCCUCCGCCUGUCCCGCCCGCCGGGCGGCAUGGAGCCGGUCGCGGUGCGCUGCCUGCCCGGCGAGGCCAAGCUGACCAUCUCGCUCCGGCUGCAGGGCAGCCAGAGGCACAUGCUGCGGGAGCAGGACGAGCCGCUGGGCCGGGCGCUGGCCCGCAUCUCCAACAGCCUCGCCAAGAGCCAGGGGAAGAAGGCCAAGAAGAGCCGGGAGCAGCCGCCGAGCGAGGCCGCGGAGCCCGCCGUGGUCAAGCUGUUCUUCGGCGGGGAGGAGGUGGCGGAGGACGCGGUGAACGCGGAGGCCUGGCGGGACGGAGCCGUGCUGCAGGUCGGGGAGGUCCGCUACUCCGUGCUCCGGAACCCGCCCAGCUUCACCACCGCCGAGCUGCCGGCCUCCCUGCUGGCCGGCUUCCCCGUCUGCCCCAAGCUGGAGGUGGAGUUCGGCAGCCUGCAGGACUCCGAGUUCACCUGGUUCAAAGAGAGCAGGCCGGACAGCUCUGAAGGAGGCGGGACCAUCCCGACGGAGGAAGGUGGUUGGACGGAGGUCCAAAGUGGGCGUGUCUACGUCCCGACCAAUCAGGACAUCGGCUCCAGACUGAAGCUCUGCUGCACGCCCGGGGACGGGACGCGGUGCGGCCCCACCAAAGAGCUGGUUUCCAUGGGAACGGUGGAGGCCGGCCCGGGAACGUGCCUGUUUGACAACCGGCACCCGUACACCGCCAAGGAGGCGGAGCCUGGCGCGGUCCGGGUGGUGACCUACAACAUCCUGGCGGACGUGUACGCCCAGACGGAGCUGUCCCGCACGGUGCUGUACCCCUACUGCGCCCCCUACGCCCUGCAGCUGGACUACCGGCAGAACCUGAUCAAGAAGGAGCUGGCGGGCUACAACGCCGACAUCAUCUGCCUGCAGGAGGUCGACAGAGGUGUCUUCCUGGACAGUCUGGGUCCGGCCCUGGACGCCUUCGGCCUGGACGGCGUCUUCAGGAUCAAGGAGAAGCAGCACGAAGGCCUCGCCACGUUCUUCCGCAGGUCGAAGCUGAAGCUGCUGAGUCGUCAUGACAUCACGGUGAGCGAGGCGCUGACCUCUGACCCCGCCCACUCCCGCCUGCUGCACAGCGUCUCCGCCAACCAGAUCCUGAAGGACAAGAUCCUGCAGAGAUCCACCACCGUGCAGGUGAGUGUGUUGGAGCACCUGGCCGAGCCGUGCAGGAGGAUCUGUGUGGCCAACACUCACCUGUACUGGCACCCUAAAGGGUCCAACGUGCGCCUCAUCCAGCUGGGCGUGGCUCUGCAGCACCUGAGUCAUGUGAUCAGCGAGUUUGCACCUGGAGCCGCCCUGAUCUUCUGUGGGGACUUUAACUCCAUCCCCGACUCAGGUGUGGUCCAGCUGCUGGUCCAGUCUCAGGUGGAGGAGGAGCAUGCAGACUGGCUCAGUGGAGGUCCAGAGGAGUCCUGCAGGCUGCGUCUGGAGUCGCCCCUCCCCCCCCUGCAGAGCGCCUGCGGUCGCCCGCUCUACACAAACUACGUGGGCGGCUUCAGCGGCUGCCUGGACUACAUCUUCCUGCAGCCCGACGCCAUGCAGGUGCAGCAGGUGAUCCCUCUGCCGAGCCACCAGGAGGUGACGGCGUGCCAGGCUCUGCCCAGCGUGGCUCACCCGUCCGACCACAUCGCGCUGGUCUGCGAUCUGAGCUGGAAACAUGACGUCUGACCUCUGACCUCCGACCUCACCGGCCCGGGACCGGCGCUGCGUUCAUGUGCCGGUGGGAAAACCCAACAUCCAGGACGUCCUGUGGGCUGCUGCACGGCGCUGUGCUCAGUCUGCAUUGAGACCCGGAUGACAAACAGCUUAUUGAACAAACUUUAUUUGAACAGCUGUGCCAAACAGAUGUGAUGAUGAUGAUGAUGAUGAUGAUGAUGAUGAUGAUGAUGAACCUGUGAUGAAGGCUCAGGUGUGUUUUAGAGUGAGUGUGUUUUUUAGCCCGCUGACUGACAGUGACCCAGAUCCCGGGGCUGCCUCCAUGUUUCAGGCUCUGACAGGAAGCGGCUCGCGGCACGUCGCCACGGAAACCAGCUCCUCUGACGUUUUGCUGCGUUCAGGUCCUGUAGGAAGGAGGGCAGAGGUGAGAGGAUUCCCACCAACAGGACGUGAGGCAAAGUGAGGUCAAGUCUGUAUCAAGAGGAAACGCUGUCAAACCUUAAUUUGACAAAAAAAAAUGAUCAAUUUGCAUUCAGUGACACCUAAUGGUCACCUUUUCCAGAUGCUUCCACAUUAUUUACCUCCUAGUCGAAUAUAUAAAAACUGUAAAUUUGUCGUGGAUGUUGACGUGAACUCUGUUUUUAACUUAAGUUUGAAGUGAUGUGAACGCACCGUGCUGUUUGACACAUCGCUGGUCAUCAGUAUUAUAUAUUUAGAAGUUUUUUUUUUUAUUAAAAAACAUCCCCUGGUGCCUUAAAUGUAACUCUAAAUCUUGCCCUCAUUAAAAAUGCUUAGAUCUAUGAAUAUGCAAAUAGCCCCCCCUACACCACACACACAAAAAAAAAAAAAAAAAAAAAUCAUAAACGGUUGACAUUGGUCCAGUGGCCUGAGCCCACUGGUGAUCGGAUGAAAUCACAAAUUGCUCGUUUAAAAAAAAAAAAAAAAAAUCGGCCUGCAUGACCUCUGACCUUUUCUAAAGCCGUUCUCUAGUCGGGCCUGGGAGGCAGCGCCACCUU